AGGGUGUUCGAGUAUAAGUCAUCAUCAUGCCGGAGACAUGCGAACGGCAAUGGCCAGCGCUGGAGAGAAUCGAUCGAUAUUUUCGAGAGUUCGCGGGAGAAGACGAUCAGCCGAAAGCGUUGUUCGUCGCCUGCUGUUGUUGUUGUUCUUCCUGCUUUUUCCGACGCCGGAGACCGACGCCGGAGGGAUUCGAUCAUCGUUUCUCCGAGUUCUCCGGAGUAGACGGUCGGCCGAAGUUCCAUUGGAGGUAACACAUUCGAAGCCUGUCAAAAAUCCUUUGUAUCAGGAUGUUAUUCCAUCGACAGAGACAAUAGAGUCUUCUCCAAGAGCAAAUAUAACUAACUUGAAGGAGCUUCUUAAGGAAGAACAUUUACAUUUAAGAACUGAGGCUUCAGAGCAAGGCAUAUUGCCAUUGCUUAUCUUAAGUCUGAAGGAGACCACUGCAGAAAGAAGGCCUUCUGUUGUAUUCAUGCACGGCACAAACGCAAACAAAGAAUGGCUGCGCCCAUGGCUGGAAGCUUAUGCUUCUCGGGGAUACAUAGCAAUCGGUCUGGACUCCCGCUAUCACGGGGAGCGUGCUAGGAACAAGACGGCUUAUAGCGAUGCUCUCAUAUCAUCGUGGAAAAACGGCGAUACAAUGCCCUUUAUCUUCGAUACGGUAUGGGAUUUGAUCAAACUAGCUGACUAUCUAACCCAGAGGGAAGAUAUAGAUACUAAAAGGAUAGGAAUCACCGGUAUAUCUUUAGGAGGAAUGCAUGCUUGGUUUGGGGCUUUUGCUGAUACCCGCUAUUCCGUUACUGUCCCGUUGAUCGGUGUCCAGGGAUUUAGAUGGGCAAUAGACAAUGACAUGUGGGAGGGAAGAGUCGACAGUCUAAGGCCUCUAUUCGAAGAAGCAAGGAUCGAUAUGGGGAAGGAUCAAAUCGACAGGGAAGUGGUCGAAAAGGUGUGGGAUAGAAUAGCGCCGGGACUGGCCUCCUAUUUCGACUCUCCCUACUCGUUGCCAAUGAUCGCCCCACGUCCUCUUUAUGUCAUCAACGGCAAAGAAGAUCCUCGCUGCCCAAUCGGAGGGCUCAAAUCACCCAUCAGGAGGACAAAACACGCCUAUAGAGCCACUUUUUCUCCUCACAAUUUCAAGUUCAAAGCAGAACCUGGAGUUGCGCACAAAGUGACAAAGCUUAUGAUCAGAGAGGCAAGCCAUUGGUUCGACAAGUUCCUCUAAGACAAGGGGUGUCCCUCUCAAACCACCAUAUAACAAAAAAACCCCUCCCUAGACUGUUUGUUCCAAACCACUUUAGCUUUGUAUCCGUAAGUUCACUUUUGUGUAAAGACAACAAACAAUUACCCUCGACUCAUUUUAAUCUCGUUAAAUACUCCAUCUUCCUAAUGGCUUCGCCUCUAUUCAAUCUCCCAUUUUGCUUUCCUUUUGUAUCUGCUAAAUUAAAUCCGAUUUCGUUUGUCAAUCCGAGAAUCCAAUGCAAUUCACGCACACACACACCAGUUAAAUUGUGUCUGUGAUCUAAACAAAUUCUUUGAUUUGAUUUUUUUUUUCUCCCGCAAUGUGAAAUGGUAAAAGACCGACGAUACGACUAGUGUGGUUUACAUGUCUCUUCUUCUUAAGGUAAGGAGCGGCCACGAAUUUGGAGAGAAGAGGGGACUUACCUUUGAUGAGAGCUGUAGUGCUUUGGUAA